UUUUUGACUUUGAACCUCUUUGGGACUUUUUGUUUUUAUUUUUAAUGCAUUUUUCCUGGCUGGUGUUCCUGAGACUGUGUUGGCUGUAGUGGCGUACAUUUUGUGUUGGCAUAUUGAGCUGCGCAGAAACUAGUUUUAAGUAGCUUCCGCAAGCAUAUUUUUGCUUUUGUUUUUCGAAUGAGACAUUUCAAAACCUCAUUUUUUUCAGGGCUGCUCUGUUACCUCAUUGUUUAUUUGAUUGUGGUCGUAUUUUCGAGGAAAGAAAGAUGGAAGAUGGUACCAGUCUUUUCUGGACAGUGUUCAAAACGGGUCGCCCUUUUCCUGGAAAUAUGUUUUUAAAAGGUUUUUUAAUCUCGUCCGGUGUUUUGCCUUCACCUGUAACUCGAGUCGCAGUCGUUGACAAAGAAGUGUUUUUCCCUGUUUUCUUUGUGAUUUUGGCGGUGCUGAGACAGUAUGUUUUCUGCAGCAGAUCUUUCAGGAGUGAUGUAAUUUUUCCUCAGUGACAAACUGGGGCGGCUUUUUAAGGAACAUUAACACAUGGGAUUGCUGUGUCAUUGGUGUGAGAGAAUGUGUGCAUUCGUUUUUGAAGCCACUUUUUUGAACCGCUGCAAAUCUUUGCAUGCCAUUGAUGGAGUCAAAUCUGGUCUAUUGCCCACACAGACAAAAGACCCCUGUUCUUGAUAAUAACAAUGAUGUCAACAUUCUCACCCCCAAUAAGUCAGACAGGCAGGCAGACCUCCACCAACCCGAGUACAGACACAGACAUGGACCCGAUGGCCAGCAACGUGACCAACAAGACGGACCCUCGCUCCCUCAACUCCCGCGUGUUUAUCGGCAACCUCAACACCCUGCUGGUCACCAAGGCCGAUGUGGAGGCCAUCUUUUCCAAGUACGGCAAAGUCUUGGGCUGCUCCAUCCACAAGGGCUACGCAUUUGUCCAGUACGCCAAUGAGAGGAACGCCCGGGCCGCCGUGGUCAGUGAGGACGGCCGCAUGAUCGUGGGACAGGUGCUAGACAUCAACUUGGCAGGCGAGCCAAAACCUCACAGAUCGAAGACAGGGAAGCGUUCCGCAGGAGACAUGUACAGUUCCUCUGUUGAUUUGGACUAUGACUUUCAAAGAGAUUACUAUGAUAGGAUGUACUCCUACCAGCCCCGGGUGCCUCCUCCCCCUCCACCUCUGUCCCGGGCUGUCAUUCCCACAAAGCGUCCCAGGGUCAGUCUGAGCGGAGGAGGGAGCCGACGAACCAAAACCAGCUUCUCUUCCUCCAAGACCAGCCAGAGGACCUCCCGAGCAAUGAAGGUAGAUGAUCUGCAGUCCAUCAAGAGAGAGCUCACACAGAUCAAACACAAGGUGGACUACCUGCUGGAGAGCCUAGAGUGCAUGGAAAAGGACCACAGCAAGAAGUCAGAGAUGAAGAGCUGCCAACCUGAACCCGGUGAGGUGUCCCCCCUCAACUCCUCCACCUCCAGCAAGAAAGAUGAGAGCAUGAAGCGGGGCCUGAACGACUCAGAGGAGGAGGGAGAUCUGCUGGAUGAUGAAGACGAGAUGAAAUGCAGACAAAGAGAAGAGGAGGAAGGUGAGCAGGAGGAAGGAGAGGACGACGGAGAUAGCACCAACGGAGACGAGUCCUAAACAUUACACAGGCACACAAACGCAUACAUACAU